CAGUUGAGAGGCCAGCAAUGCCCUCUCUAAUAGAUGUGGCUGAUGAGAACCGUUUCAGUGUGGUAGCCAGAAGCUACGGUACUUUUAUUUAUGUAAGCGUGCCUAGAAUUGAAGUGGAAAUCCUUAAGAUCUCCAGAAGACAAAAGGGGCAAACAAUAUGAAAGAAAACAAAACAAAAUACAAAAGAACUAUAAAUAUAAACAUGGAAAAUAUUCAAACCCAGUAUUUAAAAAGUGGAAAUUAAAAAUACUAUCUAUAUUUAAAACAAAUUAAAAGUGCAAUGCUUAUAGACUUCUGCUUCUGGCCAAAAUGCAGUAAUAGGGAGUGGAUUUAGCCUCUUGCCCAAACAACAUCAACAACAAAAAGACAGACAAAAUACAUGAACCAAUCAUUUCAAGACGCUGCAUGUCAGACCACAAAGGCCAGUCAUCCCUGAGAGAUGGAGAACCAACGAGCUUGCCUUCCCAGCAUCUUGCAUUAACAAGAAAGUGUUACUGAGAGCAAGGAGGGCAUGGAAGCCGAGUUACCCACUGCCCAGUCCCACACACUGGUGACCUUCAAGGAUAUACUUGUGAACUUCAACAGGGAGGAGUGGAAGCUACUGAACGCUGCUCAGCAGAUCAUGUACAAAGAUGUGAUGCUGGAGAACUAUGAGAACCUGGUUUCCUUGGGGCAUCAGCUUCCCAAGCCAGAUGUGAUCCUCCGGUUGGAGAAAGGGCAAGAGCCGUGGCUGGCAGAGAGAGGGAUCCACCAGGAGACCCAUCCAGAUUUGGAGACUGCAGGUGAAAUUAAAUCAUCAGUUUCCAGUAAGAGCAUUUCUAAAGAUAAACAGUCCUGUGACAUUAAAAUGGAAGGAAUGGCAAAGAAUGAUCUCUGGUGUUUGUCAUUAGAAGAAGUCUGGAGAUGUGAAGACCAAUUGGACAAGUAUCAAGAAAGCCAGGAGAGACAUUUGAGGCAAGUGGCAUUUACCCAAAAGAAAGUACUUACUCAGGAGAGAGUCUGUGAAAAUGGUAAAUAUGGGGGGAACUGUCUUCUUCCUGCUCAGCUAAUCCUGAGAGAGUAUUUCCAUAAACAUGACUCAUGUACUAAAAGUUUAAAACAUGAUUUAGUUUUUAGUGGUCAUGAGGAGAGCUAUUCAAAUAAUAGUAAGGACUGUGGUCAAACCUUCUGUCAAAACAUUCACCUUAUUCAAUUUUCAAGAACUCAAACGGUAGAUAAAUCCUACAAAUGCCCCGAUAAUGAUAGCUCUCUUACUCACGGUACAUCCCUUGGUAUAUCAAAGGGUAUACACAGAGAGAAACCCUAUGAAUGUAAGGAAUGUGGAAAGUUCUUCAGCUGGCGCUCUAAUCUUACCAGGCACCGGCUUAUUCAUACCGGAGAAAAGCCCUAUGAAUGUAAAGAAUGUGGAAAAUCUUUCAGCCGGAGUUCUCAUCUCAUUGGACAUCAAAAGACUCAUACUGGUGAAGAACCCUAUGAAUGUAAAGAAUGUGGAAAAUCCUUCAGCUGGUUCUCUCACCUUGUUACCCAUCAGAGAACUCAUACGGGAGACAAACUGUACACAUGUAAUCAGUGCGGGAAAUCUUUUGUUCAUAGCUCCAGGCUUAUUAGGCAUCAGAGAACCCAUACUGGAGAGAAACCUUAUGAAUGUCCUGAAUGUGGGAAAUCUUUCAGACAGAACACACAUCUCAUUCUGCAUCAAAGAACUCAUGUCAGAGUGAGGCCCUAUGAAUGUAAUGAAUGUGGGAAGUCUUACAGCCAAAGAUCUCACCUCGUUGUACAUCACAGAACCCACACUGGACUAAAACCCUUCGAAUGUAAAGACUGUGGAAAAUGCUUUAGUCGAAGCUCUCACCUUUAUUCACAUCAGAGAACCCAUACCAGAGAGAAGCCAUAUGAAUGCCGUGCUUGUGGAAAAUCCUUCAGCCAGAGUUCUGCCCUCAUUGUGCAUCAGAGAAUUCAUACUGGGGAGAAACCAUAUGAAUGUUGUCAGUGUGGAAAAGCCUUCAUUCGGAAGAAUGACCUUAUUAAGCACCAGAGGAUUCAUACUGGAGAAGAGACCUAUAAAUGUAAUCAGUGUGGAGUUGUCUUCAGCCAGAACUCUCCAUUUAUAGUACAUCAAAUAGCUCACACUGGAGAGCAAAUCUUAACGUGUCAUCAGUGUGGGACAGCACUUGUCAGUAGCUCUAACCUUAUUAGAUACCAGACAAACCAUCUUACAGAAAAUACUUACUAACAUAGUGAAUAUGGAAAAUUCUUCACAAAGAGCAAUAGCUUUAUUUUGCAUUGGAGGACUCCUGGAGAGAAGCUGUACAGAUGUAAUCUAUGUGGAAAAGCUUUCAAUCCUGUUACCACCCUUUUGUGCCCUAGAGAAACGGUCCUAAAGGGGGAAAAAAACCCCACAAAUUUUAUUUUAGUACACAAAUAUGUCAGAUUUUCUCCUUUCCACAAAUUCCUACAAAAGUUAGUUGACCUGGGAGCAUUCUUGACCAAGCCUUAAAUGCUAAAAUCUGAAAAGGAAACAUUAAGUAGGUGAGUUGUUGAGAGAUGAUCCAGCUGUGUUACCUCCUUCAAAAAAGAAAUAAAUGAACAUGCUACUUCAAUAGGAUAAAUAGAGGAGAGUUGUUGCUGAGAAGAAUAAAAAAUUGGUAUUGUAACAAAAGAUGCAAAAUAAUAUUCCAGGGAAUUAAUAAGCCAUUUUUUACUUGAUUGUCCCUGUUUUCUGGGACGCUUAGUCUGCUUUAUGUGUCUGAUAUGAACUGUGUUUUGGUUAGCAGCGGGGAAGAUGCUUAUAAUGUAAAGCAGGAAAAGAACAAUACAUUUACUUGUGGUACCCAUUUUAAAAUAUAUUUGCAUGUGGACAAGAAUUGAAAAAGUAUGGAUAAAUGGGCAGAACUGAUUUGUGAGAUAGUGGGGUAAUGAGUUCGUUUUAUAGUCUAAUCGUUGUUACUGUAAUAAUUAUUUGAAGAUGUUUUUAAAUAUUAAAAAAGGAUAUCUAGUUUCUCUAUUCUACCAUCAAGGAAGCUUGAGAACCACCUGCCAGCACACUUCCUAUUAAUUCCUAAGUUGUUUGGGUCACAGUUAGAGGUGUAUCUUUGAGACAUGGUGCUAAAGGUUCCUAGGAAUUUAAAAACACAGUGAUUCUCUGGACAUUGGGACUUAGAGGAACACUGGGUAUUUGAACACGUCAGGGAGGGUCUUCAUUUGAGUGGGAGCAGGUACCUGGGCAAGACUUAGAGCAAGUAUGCUCAUGAAAUAAACAGCACUGGCCAAAGCCACCCUCUUUGCAAGGCAGUCUUUUGUCUUUAUAAAGAGACUUAGGAGCAUAACUCUUAGCUAGCCUUCCCGAAUUGAAAUCCCACCUCUGUCCUUAGCUUGCUGGUGAACUUGGGCAUGCUGCCUAGCUGUUCUGUGCCUGAUUUACAGGUAUCCUCUGUAAAUUAGGGAUAAGAUCACUUACCUCUUCAGAUUGUGAUAUUAAAUGAGUAAAUGUAUAAACAGUUUAGAAUAGUGCCUGACCUAUGUUAAGUACUUUAUCAUUAUUAGCUGUGAUUAUUAAUAUUACUGCUAUUGCGUCACCCUGGUGUCUGUCAUUUAAUUUACACCUGCUUGAGUGCUAGUAAAAUCACACUGAGUUCUCACUUCCCUUUCAGUCAUACGUGUUUCUCUUUUUACCUACAUCAGAACUUGGCAGCCUGAGGGAAUUACCCAGAGUAGGUUUAUGGACUCAUUUGCGAGGAUCAGUAAACAACUGUUAAUAUUGUAUGCAAAUUUAUUUUCUUUGUACAAAGGUUUUUCCUUCUAGGGGGAGGAUCCUAAUCUUGAGAGUCACUGGUAAGUCCAUGACCCAAAAAAGAUUGAUAAAGAGAAUCUGUUUUAAUUCUCCUUCAUUCUAUAAAUGGAUCUGUGUGUAGGGACUGAUCAUUAUUUGCCAUUUUCUGGCAAACAAGAUAUAUAUUAGGUGCUCAGUGGUUGAUUUUUGAAUGAUAAAUAAAUAUUGCUGAGACCAGCAGGACAAAGCUCUUGGUGUCUCUCCGGGAAAAUCUAGAAAUGAUUGUUUAAAUUGUGAGACUUGAGACUACAGGGAGCAUGAGACCGUAUCACUUGUACUCUUCACUUGCAGUUGAGAUGAGGGGAGCUGGCACAGGUCUCACGUCUUGAAUGAAGUCCAACCCAGAACUGGAUCCCAGUUGCUGCUCUUCUCGGUGCUUACAUGCCAUUCAUAUGCAUGACAUACUCCUGUCAGAAAUGGUUUUCUUCAUAAGCAGUGGUUCUUUAUGGGAGUAGAAGAGCAGCCCCUCAGUUGAGCCUCUUAGCAUUUCUCAUAACUUAUGACUUAAUUUUCCUCAACUGUGUAAUGGGGAUGCUGCUAGUAUCUCCCUCGGAGGGCUGUUGUGGAGACGAAGUGAGAUAGUGUGUAUAGAGUACUUAAAACAGUGCCUGGCACAUAGUAAGUACUAUAUGUGUUAGCUGUUAGUAAUUAUAUUACUAUUAUUCGUACCCUAAGGAAUGUGAGAAGAGAUAGAUGUCUACGGAUGAUCACGGAAACAUUACUUAUAAUAGUGCAAAAUUUUCGAUAUGUAAAAAUGUAUAAUAGCAAAAUGAUUGUAGCAUAUCAGUGUAAUAGAAUAGUAUGCAAACAUUAAAAUUAUGCAAACAGAAAGUUUGAUAAUAAAAAAUUUUGAUGCUGUCAAGUGUUAUAAAAAAAGCAUGAUAAAUAGUAGUCAAUAUAGAGUAAGGUCAAAUAUGUAAAAAUAAAUGAAUUUUUUAAAAAAUGAAUCUUGCUCAAAACUGUAAGGAAAUUUCUCAAAAGAUUAAUAGCAGUUAACCUACAUAUUGGGAGAAUUGGUAUUUGCUUUUAUAUUUUUUUUGUACUUUUCUGUUCUUUGCACUCUCUUCAAAGAAUAUAUAUUACUUUUAGGAUCAGGAAAACAGUCUCUGCAGUGAUGGAAUAUAUUCUCUUCAAAAGUUCUUAUCUACAAAAAGCUACUAGAACUUUAAGGGAAUUUGUGAAAGUCACAGGAUACAAGAUCAAUAUACAAAAAUUGAUUUCAUUACUAUGUAGUAGCAGGGAACAAUUUGGAAAUGAAAUCAGAAAUACAGUCCCAUUUAGAAUGAUACAAAAAUAUGAAAUGCUUGGAUAAGUUUGAUGAAAUGAGCAAGAUCUGUACAGUGAAAAGUAUAAAAUAUUGCUGAAAGAAUUUCAAGAACACGUAAAAAAUACAUAAUGAACAGAGAAAUGUAUCAUGAUCAGGAGUGGGAAAACUCAAUAUUGGUUAAUUGACAGUCCUCCCCAAAUUAAUCUUUAGGUUCAGAGGUAUUCAUGUGGAAAUUGACAAACUAAUCAAAGAUGUAGAUGGAAAUGCAAAAGUCAUAAAAUAUCCAAAGCAAUUUUUUUAGAAGAACAAUGUUAGAGGGCUUAUACUACCUAAUUUCAAAGUUUACUAUAGAACUACAUUAAUAAAAUGUUGGCAUGAGGAUAAAUAUAGAGCAGUAAAAGAGGACAGAGUCCAGAAAUUGACCUACACAUGUUGUCAAUUAGAUUUUUGAUAGAAGUGCCAAAAUAAUUCAAUGUGGAAAAGAGUCUUUUAAACAAAUGAUGGUGUAACAACUGGAUAUUUGUAUGGAAAAAAACAACCCUCCCCUUACCUCAUUGCAUACAAAAAAUAACUCAAAAUGCAUCGCAAACCUAAAUGGAAAAGCUGAAACUUUUAAAUAUCUAGAAGAAAACAGAAAAAAUGUUCAUGGCCCUGAGCUAGGCAGAGAUUUCUUAUAGCACAAAAAGCAUGAGUCAUAAAAGAAAAAUGAUAAAUUGGACUUAAUAAAAAUUAAAAACUCCAGCUCUUUUGAAAACACUAUUAAUAACAUAAAAAGGCAAGCCAUGGACUAGUAUACAUUCACAGCGUGUGCAUCUGACAAAGACUUGUAUCCAGAAUACGAAGAACCCUUGUAAAUUGUAAAUAAGACCAACCAAUAAAAAGAAAAAUGUGCAAAGUAUUUUACCAGAUGCUUCACAAAAGAAUACAUAUGAAUGGCCAGGAAACCUAUGUCAAGAUGCUCAACAUCUUUAGUCGUUAGGGAAAUGCAAGUCAAAACCAUGAGGAGAUAGCACUUCACAUCCAGUAGCAUGACUAAGACAAAAAAGAUAGUAACAAAUGUUAAUGAGGAUUGGAGAGAUUAGAACCCUCUUACAUCACUGGUGGGUAUAAAAUAUUACAGCCACUUUGGAAAACAGUUUACCAUGUCUUCACAAUGCUAAACAGGGCUGGCCCCGUGGCCAAGCGGUUAAGUUCAUGCACUCCGCUUCAGCGGCCCAGGGUUUCGCUGUUUUGGAUCCUGGGCACAGACGUGGCACUGCUCAUCAAGCCAUGCUGAGGUGGCGUCCCACAUGCCACAACUCGAAGGACCCACAACUAAAAUAUACGACUGUGUACCAGGGGGCUUUGGGGAGAAAGAGGAAAAAUAAAAUCUUUAAAAAAAAAUGCUAAACAUACGGUUACCAUGUGAGCCAUCAGUUCCAUUCCUAGGUAUAUACCCAAGAGAAUUGAAAACAUGUCCAUACAAAAACAUGCCCACGAAUGUUCAGCAUUAUUCAUAGUAGCCUGAGACUGGAACAAACACAAAUAUAAUCAACACAACAGAUACCAUGUAUAAUAAUUCACAAAAUGUGAAUGGAUAGACAAAUUGUAGUAUUUCCAUAUAAUGGAGCAAUAAAAGGUAAUAAACUAAUGAUAUACCCAACAGCUUGGUUAAAUCUCAAAAACAUUCUAAGUAAAAGAAGUCAGACACAAAAGAGUACACACUGUGUGACUCCCAUUUAUAAAACUUUAGAAAACGUAAUCUAUAAUGACCACUGAUGAAUCUGUGGUUGCCUGUGGCUAAGGGUUGGAGAGCAACUGACUGAAAAUAGGGCCAUAGGGAACUAUUGGAAUGAUCUGUAUUGUGUUUGUGGUGAUGGUUCCAUGACUAUUCUUUUGUUAAAGUCAUCAAACUAUACAGUUGAAAUGGAUCCAGUUUGUUGUAUGUAAAUUUUGCUUCAAUAAAGUUGAUUUUUUUUAAAUAAAUUUAUUUUUUUGUUGAGGAAGAUUUGCCCUGAGCUAAUAUCUGUUCACAAUC